AUGGCGCUGCCGACAUUAAAUAUCCAGCUCCCAUAUCCUUUUUCUAAAGCAGAAAUUGUCAAAGUACAUGUUAGUGCCAAUGAUACGGUUGAAAAUGUAAUAAACACUGCAAUUCAACUUGCAAAAGAUUCGAAUUCGCCUGUUACAACAGAAUACGGACUUUUCUUAUCUAAAAAACGCGAAUGGUUGUUUCCUUCAGUAAAAAUGGUGCAAUAUCGUAACAUUUUUUUGAAUUUAGAUCCUAACGAAAAAGUUCAAUUACGUCCUAAAACGAUGCUUUCUCUUGAAUUUACAUGCUUAUCAUAUUUAGUAAAGAUUUACUGUGCGCCUGAUCAAAAAUUAUCAUUAAUUGUCAACAAAUUAAUUAAUAUUCUGAAAAGAACUCCAGAUGCUCAAUUCUUUGGCAGCUCGGACUGGAUUCUUUUCUGGGAAAAUGGUGAAGUUUCCUCAGAUUUAACAGUGCAACAGGCCUUAAAAUUAACUGAUUCAUUUGGAUUAAGAAAAACUACUUCCAAGCUCAAACAGACAACAGAUUUACCGAUAUUUAACCAGAGCAUACAGAAUGCCCUUGCACGAACCAGCCCAACUGCCAUAAUUCCAUACUUUUUAGAAGAAAUUUUCAAAAUCAUUGAUAGCCAUGCGGAUGUAGAAGGUUUAUUCAGAAAAUCAGGUCAGCAAACACAUGUCGAAGAAAUGGCUAACUAUAUCGAUUCAAAUUAUAAUAUUAAUGAAGUUUUAACUUACUUAGAUCAGCAGCCGAUUCAUGAUAUUACAGGAGUUCUUAAACUUUAUUUAAAGAACCUUACAAACCCAGUUAUCCCCUUUUCUUACUAUAAACAAUUGGAAUCCUUAACAAAAGUAACAGAUACGAACUCAAGAGUCAUUAAAACAAAGCAACUUUUGGAUACAAUGCCUCUUGCUAACUUCGCUAUCAUUGCGAGAUUCAUGGAAGUCUUAAAUCAUAUUCUUAUGGAAGAAUCAAGCAAAAUGACAUUGACAAACCUUGCAAUCUGCAUUUCAGGAAUUAUCACUAAGAACCCUGAUACAAAUGUUGAUCCAAUCUCUUCACAAGUUGUUUCUCAAAAUAUAAUUGUAGAUCUUCUUUCCCAUUACCGUUAUUACUUCAAAAAUGAACCAUAUUAUGGUAAAACAUGCCAUGGAAUAGCAAUUAAAGACGCAACUUACGGAGGAAUUGAAAUUUCGGUUAAUGAAGACGUAAUGAUUCUUGAUUCGUGUCCUGUUGACAAGCCAAAUAUGUACCAGAUUUUGGCAAAAUCCAAUAAGAUUUUUGUCCCAUAUCAAUCGAUUUACGUCGAUGGACAAAAUCUUUUCUUGACAGAUCGGACAGUUAUUGAAAAUGAGUCCCUUGACCAGCAAAGCUGUCCAUUUGCAACAUGCGAAGGUAUUUAUGGAAACCACGAAUGUUAUAAGACAAUUUCUGACUUGACAAAGUCAAUUCAGGACAAAGUCUCUACAGUUCAUGAAGUUAUCGAGAGACUUGAAGAUGAUCCUGAUGUUGAUCUCCAAGAAAUUGAACGUGAAAUCAAUCAAAUUUCCGAAACUUUUGUUUUUUAA